AUGCCUUCCUCAGUGCCCAACCCAACAGGCUCAAAAGAGCCAUCCGCCACACCAUACGGUCCACAUAACUCCUUUCCUAAGGACGACUUUCCACAAUAUGGAGGGAAGAUAUCCAUCAUCUACCGCUCUGCUGAUCAGAAGAUCGUUGCAGCAACAGCAACUGAAACCGGAACUACAUCAUUGACAUACCCUUGUGACGAGUUCUUCUAUGUUACAAACGGGUGGACGGACGUUAAGAUCCAUGGAGGAGACGAGUUCAGAUUGAACACAGGGGAUUUCAUCUAUUUGACCAAGGGUACUACGGUGGACUUUGUCUUUGGCCCAGAUUUUACCAAUGCCGCUGUGUUCAUAGAUAGCAAGCCUGUGACGCUGGUCUGA